AUGACAAGCGAGGCUGGUCCUGCUUUUGACAGACGCUCUGGGAGAAGGCGCUCCACUGUAACUGGCCCGGAUCGGAAAAGAAGAUUAGUCAAUGCGGAGGGAGAUAUUUGGUCGAGACAGUCAGUAUCUGGCAGUGCGACUGAAUCGGGAGGGUGGAUGACAGCACAGAUGAAUAGCAGGUCUAUUCCCAGUGCGGCGUCGUCUAUGCGACCCGAAAGCUCUGCGCCUGGUGCGUCUUACUCCACGCCUAUUGACUUGUCAUUGUCGCCACCAGACCAGCGUCCUCAGCGAUCAAAUAACCGCCGAACCUCCUGGUCACGAACAGGAAAUGAUUAUCUAGAACAUAUACGGCCGCGGUGGCAGCCCGACUCGGAGGUAACAAGUUGUCCGAUCUGUCGAACACCCUUCAGUUUCUGGUACAGGAAACAUCACUGUCGCAAGUGUGGACGGGUGGUGUCGCCGCUCAUUGAUCUAGAAGGAAAUGACUCGGCCCAAUCACCCACAGCCCUUAAUCCGGCUCUUGGGGGUGGCGAGGAGGUGCGCUUAUGCAACCCUUGUGUUCCGGACCCGAACCCAGAACCACCGCGCGGAUAUACAACCAUUCGGGCUCCAGGCGAGCCACAGUCAGGUGUAGAUUAUAUACGGGGUGGUUUUAGUGCACCAGCCAACCAAUCCCGUCAUCGUCCUUACCAUUCCCUAUCAUCACCCACCCGCCAUCCACCGUACGCCUCGAUUCCCGACAAUUUCUCUACUCGUUCAGCACGGAGGACAGUGGGGUCAGGCGACUAUCAUUUGUACGGUGGUUUCGGGGGGUCCUUAGGAUCGCGUUUCCAAGAACGGCCAAUGGAGUACGGUUCUUUAUCAGCUGCGCGAUUCGCCCCAUCUACGAUUGCAUCGGGACGGCCUCUUCCUCUGGCGCCAGGCAGCGCGAUGCUAUCGGCUGGACCGUCGUUCGCUCCAUCUCCAAACCAAGAGAUACGUCUACCUAUCUCUACUCCCCGUCGCCGUGUGGAUGAGCGAGAUCUUUGCCCAAUUUGUGACCAUGUACUUCCGCCUUUGGGCGUGAACGGGAACGAGGAUGAUCGGGAGGCACAUAUUAGACAGUGCAUCGAAAAUCAUGGUUCCCGAGCGCGCUCGCCCUCCAACAGUAGCAGUCCCGUUGCGCAGUCUUCCACACCUGUGCGAAUGCUCGCCUUCACGGCUACCGAGAAGGAUUGUCUUGGGCAUGAUGGCAGUGUGCAGGAAUGCACUAUUUGCAUGGAGGAGUAUGAGGUUGGUCAGCCGUUAAUCCGACUGGAAUGUCUCUGCAAGUUCCACAAAAGGUGCAUUGUUGAAUGGUUCGAGCGAAAGAAGGAGUGUCCGUCCCCGCAACUGAUGGAGAUCGAUCCGCGCCUGCGUCCGGGCAGCGAUAAUAGCCCUCCAGAGGGAGUCGGAACGAACCAUGCUUAUCUUCCGUCAUCUGCCACUCGACAAGCCGAUCCCGCUACCCUAUCUUCCCAUCCGACGAAUGACUAUCCUGACCCUCCCUCCCAGAUGUCACCGAAUGAACAACUGCAUUCUGCGACAUCGACCUCUAGCGGCCCCAGCUACUACGGUACCUCAGCCACGCAACCUCAGGCUACUCAUGCUCUAUACCAGUCGAGCCCCGGAAGCAUCAUUGGUAGUACACAGAGGCUUGAAUCGCUCGACCCCAACGAUCCUUACUCCGAGCUGAAACGACCACGUGCAUGCGAAUCAUGUCGGCAGUUGAAAGUACGGUGCGAACCUGACAUGAGCAAUCCGAACGCAUCCUGUAAACGGUGUGCCAAGGCUGGAAGAUCCUGUGUCGUUACGGUCCCAACGCGUCGACGCCAAAAGAAGACAGAUAGUCGCGUCGCGGAAUUGGAGCGGAAGAUUGACGCGCUGACAGCAAGCCUACAGGCCUCUCAGGGCAGUGGACCAACGCUACAGGCAGCAUAUCCAGGCCCGCCCCGUGAGGAGCAUACUGGAAGACGAUGGUUGGGACCAACUCAUAGCACAUCGACUGGUUCUGCACCUGUGAGCUCCCCAACCGGUCUGGCGGGGAACAAACGGCGACAUAGUGGGGAGAUCAAAGACUCAAGGGACGGUGGUCUGGCGGCACCCUCAUUCUAUCGUGCUGCAAGCCCGGCUACAGAGCAGGUCUUAGAUAAUAUGUCUAGGCAAUGGCAUACUCGUCCAAGCCCCGGCUCAGAUACCACAGCGCCGAAACCAAGCGCAGCAAACGAACCCGCCGAUGUGAUUGACCGAGGCCUUGUGAGUGCGGCCGUUGCAUCGGAAUCUUUCGCCAGAUAUGUGGAACAUAUGGCGCCCCAUAUCCCAAUGGUGGUCUUUCCUCCCGGAACCACGAUGGGAGAUAUCCGCAAGACCAAACCGGUGCUACUCCAUGCCAUUAUCGCUACAGCCGUGGGGCCUAUCCAGCCUGGAUUACAGAUUCCACUUAUUGAAGACUUCUACAAGAUCAUUGCCGAACGUGUCGUUGUCAAAGGCGAAAAGUCACUGGAUUUAAUUCAGGGUCUUCUUGUGACCUGCAACUGGUACAUCCCGCCGGAUCACUUUGAAGAGCUAAAGUUUUACCAGUUGACUCAUAUGGCUGUCACAAUAGCUAUGGAUAUUGGGAUGUACCGUAGGCCGAUGCCAAAGAGCCGUCCAUGGACCUUGGUCAAGGACCUUAUAUUGAAAAAGUCGCCUUCGCAGGACCCUGAUUCGGCGGAGGCUAGACGGGCGUGGCUGGGUUGUUAUUUUCUAGCUGUGCAGGUUGCUGCCUCCUUGCGACGCACCCUUCUAGUACGCUGGACUCCGUAUAUGGAUGAGUGCGUAGAAAUACUAGAGAAGUCAUCCGAUGCAUUACCCUCGGACAAGGUGAUGAUACAAUGGGCCAAACUAGUACAUAUCAUCGAGGAGAUCCAUCAGCAGUUCUGCCCUGACGAUACUGGGUCUAUUGUUGCCUUCUCAGAGCCCAAGGUUCAGUACACCCUCAAAGUGUUUGAAAAACAGCUAGAGCAACUCCGGAGGGAGCGAGGACCGAGUGACUUUCCCGUAUUUACGCAAGCUGAAUAUAUCGUCAACCUCUAUCUUCACGAGGGUGCCAUGCACGUGGAUUACAGCGAGGAUCAGAAGUUGCCAGGCGAUGACCAUUCCAGCCCGACAAGCGCCGCCCAUAUGAAUGCAUUGAGCACCUGUCUUACUUCAAUUCACCAAGCUAUAGAUACCAUCUGCUCCGUUGACAUCAGGGAUCUCAUCUCUCUGCCCGUCUUCGCCCUGGCUCGGACCUCUUUUACGGUUGUUGCACUGAUCAAACUUCACUCUAUUGUCUCUUCACCGGAAACUCGUAUUGGCCAGGUAAUCGAUGUCGCUAGUCUAAAGACUGAAUACUACCUCGAUCGCGUGAUCGAGCACUACACCCGGGCCGGCGAGCAGGCUGGGGGCCGGACCCCAGCCAAGUUCUCGGUGGUAUUGAGCAUGCUUCGCGGGUGGUUUCUGAAACGCAAGGACCAUGGAUUAUCUCUAAGAGACGCUUUCAGUGGCGGGCUGCGCCCAAUGAAUUGUGGCAAUGACAAGGCUGCCUGUCAAUCAGCCGCAGAGAAAUACCAAAGGAAGAACACGGGCACGACUCCUCUUCACCUAUUGAGCGAAGUUGCCAUGGGCGAACCACAGAACCGUCCUAGCUCAGGCCAGGGCCCAUGCCCUCCAUCAACCGCCGACUACACUCCCCCGGCCUCAGGGCCGGCUAGCCAAACUCCCUCUUCAGACCUUGUAUCACAGCCGCAACCUUCUCUCGGCCCAAGUCCUGCCCCGGCCACAGGUGGCACGACGGAUUCAGACCCCUGGGCCCAGUUCCCGGCUACCACUCGGCAAUACUAUCCCCCCUUGACGUCAACCUACCAGGAUAUCCCAGCAUCGGGAUACCCAGAUCCCUCGGUAAACAGCAACAUGGUGAUGCCGUGGCCGGUGCAGGGUUUCUUCGUGCCGGAGUUAGGAAUGCAGGUGGGGUUUGAGCCGGAGAACCUGUAUGCGCUGGAGAAUAUGUUGGGAGACGGGUUCUUCAACUUGCCUCUGCCGACUGAGGGGACCGGGUAUUAUUAA